GAUGAAUCCACCACAAGCAAUCUCCAUUCUCUUCUUCUUCUUCUUAGAUUAUGUCUCUGCACAAUCUCCUCCUCCUCCUCCGUACACAACCAACGACCUCUUCAAGCCGAGCUUAGUCAUCACCACCGGAAUUUUCUCCGCCGUCUUCACACUCACCUUCGUUCUCCUCGUCUACGCCAAGUGCUUCCACAACGACCUCCGAUCAGAGACCGACGAGGACCGAGAGAUAGGAAGACUCGAGCGUCUAUGGCAAGGACUCUUCAAUCAAUCAUCUCGAUUAUCAUCAGGUCUCAACAGAACAGCAAUCGAGUCUCUUCCCUUCUUCAGAUUCUCUGCUUUGAAAGGAUCGAAACAAGGUCUUGAGUGUUCUGUCUGUUUGUCUAAAUUCGAAGACGUUGAGAUUCUUAGGCUUUUGCCUAAAUGCAAACACGCUUUUCAUAUAGAGUGUAUUGAUGAGUGGCUUGAGCAGCACGCUACUUGUCCUUUGUGUAGAAACAGAGUUUGCAUUGAAGACGAGCUCUCUGUUUUGGGUUGUAGUAGUAAUAGUAUGAGAAUCAUGAGUCAGAUAUCUGAGACGAGAGAAGAAGACUCGGGCAUGGAGAUCUACAUCGAACGCGAAGAAGGAGAAGACUCUUCGAGAUUCAGCAGCUUCAGGAAGAUUCUCAAGUUUGGUAAAAAUGAUAAAUCGUUGUCGCUUGUUGAGCAAGGAAACGAGAAACGUAUGCACAAGUUCAAUCACAGGAUUGUUGUUUCGGAUGUUGUGUUUAAGAACCGUUGGAGUAAUGUGACUCCAUCAGAUUUGACUCGUUUGACAUCAAACAUGUUGGGUUCGAUGUCGAGCGAGAGAUUCUCGUCAAUGGAUAGAGUGGAGAGAGGUGACUUGCGAGACAAGGAAGUGGUUGAGAUGAAGAGAAUAGUGAAGAACAAAGACUCCACGAGAAGAGUGGUUUCAGAGAUCACGGCUGUUCCUAGACUUAGUGUCCUGGAAGUUACAACAUCGACUAGAGAAAAUGCGGUUGGAGGAAACGACGGCGGUUUGGCCGCGUCAACCGCUUCCACCUCGAGGAGCGAUGCGAUUGCUGCCACGGAGGAAAGAAGACGACAAUUAUGGUUGCCGAUAGCUAGGAGAACGGCUCAUUGGUUCGCUAACAGAGAGAAAAUGAAUGAACUAAACACGACAAAACCUUAAUGUUUAGUUGUUUUUACUUACUUUAUCGACAGUUUGCAAUCAAAUGAUUGAUGGUUGUGUCUUUGUGUAGAUACAUGGUGGAUUGAUUAUGAACAAAGUUUUGGCCAAUGGUCAUAUUGAAUUUGUUGGAACUUUGAGUAGAAAAUGUUUUGUAUUUUUACAACGCAUACUUGUGAAAUCGCUUUUAAACGUUUUUUUUUAAAAAAACAGUGUCGUUAUUCCGCAACUUACCAAUCAAAACCAUAAUCCACCAAUGGAUGAUCCUAUCUUUAUGUACAUAAGUAGACAUAUCUGCUGGAAUUAAUGAUAAUUUAUAUAAAAUAAUGUGAAGCCUACUACCAUUGUAUGAAAAAUGUAAGCCACUAAGUUUUCAUACGUUUAGUUUUAAAUUAGCAGAUGAUUUGUCUGGGAAUCUAACCAGUAUAGAAGAUCCAAAAAUAAUAAUGUUUAUAUGAAAGUGUACAAAAUUAUGCUUCCAGCACGUUCAAAUUCUAUAUUAUACCUGUCUAGAAAAUUAAAAAAUAUUGUUCUUUGUUUUAUCUAAAAAAUAUUGUUCAUAAAUAAAGAAGUGUUUGCUUCACUCUCAUGCCACGUCAUCGCCACGUAGAUAAGUCGAAGGCUCCUGUCUUGACACGUGUCUCACCUCCUCGAAACGCAACACUUCGUUAACUCUCGGAAAUUCGGUUAGUUGGGCUUUGAUAGAAACAAUUGCUUUGGACUUAAAAGGAUAAGUCAAGUGGACUUCUAAUACAAUUAUCGGGUCCCAUUAUAAUUGUCUUCACCUUCACAACUUUGACGAAGAAAAGCAGUCAUGGGUUUCCGCCAUUGUUGAGCUCAUGUUUGUCAAACGGAAUAUGGAGCUCCAGCUGGGUUCAGAGGGAAAAUCAUUUCCGGCGAAUCUCUGGUGGAAGGCUCCGUUGUGUCGAUUCGGGUGCAUAACUUCUCACCUACUUUAAAAAACCGACACCUUUACGAAUCUUCUCUGCAUUCAAUCAUUCACAUUAAUGUUCCAAUUAACUCCAUCUCCUCCACUCCUUCCACGAUUUCUCAUUCAUUGCAUUCCUCCUAUCUCACAGUCGUAAAUCUGUAGCUAUAAAUAUAUGAGUCUUUUUCCCAAAAAUUCAUCAUCUCAUUUCUCACAAACAUAUUAACACAAAAACCUUUCACCAGAGUAUAACGACGUACUCCUCUCUCCUCCUUGAUGACAUGAUGGUCGGGCUCUACUGUAACACAACUUUCGAACUACCUCUGAAAUACGGCUGCUGAGAUUUUUGGAUGGCGCUAGAGAGAGAGAGGCCGCAAGCUUAUGGGUGUCUGACAUGCUGCUCCUCCCACAAAUUAAUUCCAGCUAACAGAAAAUCAAACAUUUGAGAUUUUUUUAAUAGUUCAGUAUUACCGUGAUAGAUAUGAUCUCAGCGCCAAAUCCUUCCAAAAGUCUUCCCAGGUACAGCA